GGCAUUUUUUUUAAUAAAAAAUAAAAGUUUGAAUUUUUAAAAAAUUCACAUCCUCUUUUCCCCUUUCAGAUCCAAAAAUCCUCUCAGUUUUUCGCUCCCCUCCCGCGCUCAGUUUCUCGUAAGGUUCCGUCUCUGUCUCUCUCACUCCGGCGACGUCUUCGGCCACCGAGUACUACAAGAAGCACGUCGAGGCCCCCAAAGCAGCCGCCGCAUCCGAAGAACGCUCCACCUCCUCCUCCGAUGACCUCAAGGCCUGGGACGCCGAGUUCGUCAAGGUCGACCAGGCCACCCUCUUCGAUCUCAUCCUGGGUCAAUUAUUCCUACUGAUGCAACACCUAGAAAGCACCACACCUCAUUUCAUACGUUGUAUCAAGCCCAAUAACCUUCAGUCUCCCAAAUUGUAUGAGCAAGGACUUGUGCUGCCGCAGUUAAGAUGUUGUGGAGUCCUAGAAGUAGUACGAAUAUCAAGAUCUGGCUUUCCCACCAGAAUGUCCUACCAGAAGUUUGCCAGAAGAUAUGGUUUUCUUCUGCUGGAGAAUGUCGCAUAUCAGGAUCCACUUAGUGUUUUAGUUGCAAUUCUUCAUCAGUUCAAUAUCUUGCCUGAAAUGUAUCAAGUUGGCUACACAAAGUUGUUCUUCCGAACUGGACAGAACCUGCGAGAUUUGUGGUGGCACUGCACUCAAUGUUGCUGGUGAGCAGAGAAAUGAGGCAAGCAAUGCUACUGCUGCAGCCUCGUCAGCAGUAGCAGCUCCUGUGAUACUAGUGGAGACUCGAACCGUCUGGCAUUGCCG